AUGAUGUGAUUAUUUCAUAUAUUUCGUAAGUUUGCAUACUUUAUAUUUGCGUCAAAUCUGAAAAAUCAGUUACUUCUAUCAGUUUGAAGAAGCUCUACAUUCUAAGUUUUAUAUUCAAAAAAAGUAUCUAUAUUUUAACGAAAUAUAAGUUUUUUUUAUUUUGAAGAUUUAAAUAUAUUAAAUUAAAUUAAUUCAAAUUUAUAUUUAUUUUAUUGUGAUAUGUGCUAUAAAUGAAAUAUUAUAAUUUUAAUAUAUAAAAAAAGAUAACAAGUUUAUUUGGGUGUAAUUUAAAGUUUUCUCAUCGAAAAUGGAAUUUCCAAAUUUAGGCAAGCAUUGCUCAGAAAAUAAUUGUAAUCGAUUGGACUUUUUACCUCUUAAGUGUGAUGCUUGCUCUAUAAUUUUUUGUAGUGAACAUAUAUCAUACAAUAAUCAUAAUUGUCCAAGUGCUUAUAAAAAAAAUAUUCAAGUCCCAGUAUGUCCUCUAUGUAAUGUUCCAAUACCUAUUAAACGCGGUGAUCUUCCAGAUAUUGCAGUUGGACAACAUAUUGAUAAUGAAUGUCAAUCAGAUUUAAAAACAUCUAAUCAGAAAAUCUUCUGUAAUAGAUGUUCCAUGAAAGGUUGUAAAAUCAAAGAAGUAAUUCAAGUGCAUUGUUCUGAUUGUGGUAAAAAUUUCUGUCUAAAACAUAGGCACCCAACAGAUCAUGCAUGUGUAGGUCAAAAAGAAAUGACUCGAAAGAAAAGACUUGAUGUUCUAGAAAAUCAUGUGAAAUUAAAUAGAAGAAAUGGUGAGAUUUUCAAAAAUUACCAAGGUAGCAUGAGUGAAGAUGAAGCUCUUGCUAGAGCUCUUCAGGCUUCAAUGCAAGAAACAAAUACCAAUAGACAAGCACUUGAAGAUGCACCUUCAGGAAAUAGAGAUAGAUGUAGACUCUCAUAAAUUUUAGUUUACUAUAAAUUUGUAUAAUAAUUUUAAAAUAUGUUUUUCGAUUAAAUAAAUAUAGGGAAAUUAUAUCUCUCAGAAUCUUUCUAUCUACUUACGGUAAAAAAUAAUCUAAUAAUUAUCUAUAAAUUUUUAUGUUACUUCAUUCAAUUAAAUAUUCUAUUCAUUAUUUAAGAAAAAUUUUUGAAAUUCAUUUUAUACUUUUAAAUUAUUGAAAUUAGAUUUAAUAUAUAUAAAUAUGAUAUAUUACAUUAUAUUAUAUGAAGCAUUUAUAAUUUUCUAAUAAGAACAUUAAUUUACAUAUUAUGUAAAAGUUUUAUUUUAAUUUUUUCACAUAAAUCUUUAGAAAUCUUUAGAAUAAUUCUUCAUUUGAAAAAAUAUUUAAAAUAGAAUAUAAUAUUUUGUACAGAAUAUUUUAUGAUAAAUAUAAAUAUUAUCUAAAUAAAAGUAAAUAAAUAAAAGUAGAAUUAUAAUAAAACAUGUAAAUAGUUCUUAAAUAUUAAUUCAUUAUUAAUCUAUAAUAUAUUGAUUUUUUAUCUUCUAAGUUUUUUUUAUUUUUUAUUUAUUUUUUAAUUUCAAUUAGUAUUUUAUAUAUUUUAUGAUAAAUGAAUGAAAGUUUCGAUCAAUAUGUGAAUGAUUUGUCUUGGAAUGAACUAAUUGCAUAGAUAAACGAAAAAAAAAAUAUAUAUAUAUAUAUUAAUUUUAUUUUAAAAAAUACAAUUAUUAUAAAAUCUCAAUUUCAUCUUUAUUUAAUUAAAAUUUAUAUUCAUUAUAAAUAUUUUGUACAGAACAAAUUUUAAUUGGAAUAUUUUUUCAAAUAACUAAUGGUUCAAGAAAUAUACAUCAGACAUGGAAAAAUUAAAAUGAAAUAUCCUUUAUACAGAUUUUUAUAAUUGUAUUUUUUGUACAAAUGUAUAAAUAUACAUAUGAAAUUAAUUUUAAAUUUUUACACAUUAUAUAUAUAUAUAUUAUUUAUAUUAUAAUAAUAUUUGAUUAUAGUAAUUUGAAUAAAUAUUAGCAAGAUUUGUUACUGAAUAAGUGAUUUUAAAAAAAUUUCAAAGGCCAGCUUCAAAUAAGAGUGCCUUAUUAUGUAAAUUUAAAAAUGUAAAUUUGAUGUAUGAUUCAAUAAAUUUAUCUCGUUUGUGCUUAAAAAA